GUGAACACAUGCGUUUAAUUUCGAUGCUGUUCUUCACGUCCUCGGAACCUUUUUCGAACCUAAACUCGUCAUGACUGGUUGAUAGAACUGUCUAUUCGGUCGGCUUCCAAUGGAGUAAAACUAGCUGGUCCGCUACAGAACUCAGCAGUCCACUUAUUUAUGGAGGAGUGAAAGAGGAAACCAGACAAAGCGAUCUGUGGCAUUAAGGAAAACCGGCGUGCGGAAUAGCAGACAAAAAAAGAAGGAAAAUUAUUGCUUUACAGUGCUUUCAACGGUUCCCCAACCGAGUAGUCGCGUCCAGGUUUGAACGAGUGUCGGGUUUUUAGGCGUUCAAUAAAAUUUUAUAUACUUCAUCGUAAUCGUUUAUCACACUCGGUAGGUGAAGGCAGUGAAAAUCGGAAGCAGCAGGGAAAAAAUCUACGAUCAUCCGAAGCUAGCAAAGAUACGACACAUUUUUUCCAGUUACUAAUUUUCAAUAUGAUUUAAUUGAAUGGUUUUAGUGAUUUUGUUUGUCAUCAAAAUCAGACAGUGCGAAAACCGAGAAAAGUGUGUAUAACAUAAUGAUGUACUAAAAAAUAUUAUUGCUUCAGUAUUGAAGUAAUAAAACAGUUGGAAGGUGCGGAAAGGAUGAUCAGUUCAAUCAGCGUCAACUUAGCACAUCAUAAUAAUCAUAAACAAUUAACGCAAAGCUGAUUUCAGUGACCAAGUGUUCAGUGUCAAGAGAUUGCCAGAUACACUCAAAUUAAGACCAUAUUCCCGUAGUUUCAGUGGCACUCGAGGGGUUGCUUUUUUAUUUUAUGUUGUGUGAUGCUAAUUUAGUACCUUGAGAUAGAACAAAAACAGUUUCCACAUCUCGGCAGUGAAUAAUGCUAUUAGAACUUGCAACUGUUUGCAGUAAAAGUUAAACGAAAGUGUGCACAUAGAAACGAAGAAGUGUACUAUAACUUGUUAAGUGAUGAUCAUUAAAAAAGACUAUAGAGACAACGGGCAGGAAAAAAUGAAUAUGAAAAGAAAGAGCAAUGACAACUACUAUCCAUCGCUCAGAGUGAGUGAUUUAAUCAUUCGUAAGAACAUACCCAACAUACUAGGUCGGAACAGCAUUCUGGCUAGCGCGGCUUACGGGUCUCACGCUGCUGCCGGGGCCUGGUGGGGGCAGCACUCCCAUUCGGUGCACACGGCCGGUGCUGCCAUGUACGAGGACCCUUCCGGGGGUCAAACAAGUGUUGGCGGCCGAAGUCCACCGUCUCUGCAAAAUACCACCCAUAGCUCAAACCAUAUCGUACAGCAACAGCAGCAAAGUCAACAGCAGGCUGCAGCACAACAACAGCAAGCACCAGCACAGGUGCCACCUCAAGUUACGUCACAGCAAACAAACUCUUCCUCAACCGGCCAGCAAAAUAGCUCUGUGGUGUCCUCCCAAACCCAGAUUGUUGCACCCUCAACGGCUAGUGAAUCCCCCGCUAGUGUGAGCUCGCAACCUUCAGGCCCUAUUCAUAUACCAGCAAAACGUCCAGCAUUUGAGACCGAUUCGUCCCGCCUGCGGCAUUCAUAUCCGUGGGGAUACGACUCGGGUGCCGAUUCAGCGUAUCAUCCACAGUAUGGACCGUACGGGUUAGGAGCCGACAUCAAACCCAUGUACUAUCCGGGUUAUCCAACUGAGGCCAACUUUCAACCACAUCAUUACUACCCAAAGUACGAACCUGAUGCGUACAUCGCGUCUAGUGAACGUACACGUGCAGUGACGGCGGAUGCUCCUUCGAUACAGUCUAGUUACGAUACGUACAAUUCUACAGGCCUGCGACCGUACAGUGACACAUAUCCUACUCCCGUGGGUUCAAGUCUUUCCGUGGGAGUUAGUGGUGUAGGUUCCUGUACACCUUCAAACCCACUUGAAUGGACUGGCAACGUGACGGUGCGGAAGAAGCGAAAACCUUACUCAAAAUUCCAGACACUUGAACUGGAGAAGGAGUUCCUAUUCAACGCCUAUGUUUCCAAACAGAAACGAUGGGAGUUGGCUCGCAAUUUGAAUCUUACAGAACGACAGGUUAAAAUAUGGUUCCAGAACCGACGGAUGAAAAACAAGAAAAACUCUCAGCGUCAGGCGGCACAAGCCAAUAGCAGUAGUAGUAGCAGUUCCAGUCAUAAUCACGCCCAGCAACAGUCACAUCACAAUCCGCAUCACCUAAACCUAGGACUGGGCAUGCCUUUGCAUGGUUCGAAAAUGCAUCAGUGACCCUUGGAGCAUCAUCAGGACGACGCCAAUGGACAGCUGAAGAUGGAAAUGUGUGACGUCCCGACCGCACCAAUGUGCAACCAUAUUCCGCAUCCUCAUUUGAUCAAUUAUCACCAUUAAGAUGAUUGAUUCAGAAGUGAGGAUGGAGGCGAAUUGUGUUUCACAAUGAGCAUUAACCGAAGCUCCCCUUGAUAAUACGUAACAAAUGCGCUAUUAAUAACGUGCAAGCAAGGCCACCAAUAUACAGCUUCUGCAGAGUGUCGUCUGUGCGUGGAGAACGAUUACUAAACCAUAUAUUUAAUAUGUAGACCAUAUUGUAUGUAAAUAGUACAAGAAAGUUGAAUUGAGGUAGGACAAGGAAGAUUGCGGAGGAAAGCUUUCUUCGAGAAUCUUGCAGAGAGAACAAAAGAAACGCAAAGUUAGUGACUAAAAAUGACACGGUGAAAUUUAUUGCUUGAAAAUUAAGAUAAAGAUUAAGACUAGCGGAUUAUGAAUAGGGAAAAUUUUCUUUCCUUGCCUAUUAUCAAACGUACAAGUGAAAAAUUUUAUGAAGGCAAAAUCAUGUGAUUAUAAUUUUAAUUGAAUAAUAUUGGUCCUUCUGUUUCUUCUUCCUUACGCAGUCAACCAGUGGUAGAGUUUCUUAGCCUAAUUUUGUUGCUCAGUUUUUUUUAGUUAAAGCGAAAAUAGUUUAUAGUCUAGUACUUUUUGUCGUGAUUUUUCCGAUAUCAUUACCAAAUGUGUAAAUCUGUUGAAUGAGUUGUGAAACAGUGGGUAACAAAAAGGAGGUUCUUAUAUUAGUUUUAUAAUAUGAGUUGAGAUAGAAGAGUUUAAUGUUCCUGUUGUUUCGAUCCAUAACCGUUCUCGCGAGUAAAUACAUUGUUCAGUUUAUCGUAAGCUAUACUUGGCUGGCUGAAUGUCGACAUCUGGUUUAGUAUAGCUUACAGCCGAAUAAUGGCUACCUCAAUAAUAUUGAUUACUGUUUCCCGUAUCAUGAAGGUGUUAUUCAGUUGGUUUUAAUUAAAUUGUGUUCAGCUUAAACUGUUUUGCUCAUUUAUAUACACCUUGCUGCUCUAUCUACAAAACGAAACCAAAAUAAUCUAAAGUGUGAACAUGCUCCCCGCAGUUAAGAGUGUAAUCCUUCAUGCUGCCUCGUCAUCUGUUUGAGUUGGAUUGUUAAAAAUGGUUUACCUACUGUCCUGUUUAAAAUUAAGAAAACUACCGGGAUGAUUGCAAAUUUCUUUUACAGUGAAUAAAGUAUCUAAUUUAUGUAAUUUUAUUUGUACAUAUACCGUAUGGGUAAAAUUAGUUUCGAUAUAAUAUUAACAAAUCUAGUAAUAAGUAUAAUAGUGCUAAAGUAGUGUUAUAUAUUUCCAGGCAGGAAAAAAUCUCUAAAGAAAUUGAAUCAGAGCAUAGCAUCACAUUUCAUAGAUAUAGCCAACAAUACAGUUUUGACAUUAUCAAACGUGCUCAAAUUUUCACAUAAAACCAUGCAAAUAAUUUUAUUAAUGAUAUUAGAAAAAUCUUGUCAUGUUCGAACUUAACAGAGAAACCGAAUCGUACUGUCAAACACCGCUACCUACUUAGAGAAGUUGGUUACAUGAAUUCCGUUUAAAUCCGUACUAAACUCUAACUCCAUGCCCAGUAAUAAUACAUUACAGUAGCGAACCUCUCUCAGACGAAUUUCAGAAAAGAAAUCAAAAUUUCUCGCUUCGAUUUACGAGUAGAAUUGUUCCACCGACACUUAUGGAUCCAUGAAGAAAGUGUUGCUGGAAAAACAACAGUUUAAAAAGUUUCCAAAUUUGCAGGCGAAAAAUCAUGUAAAUAGUUCCCUCUCGAUUAGAAUGAAAAUUAAUCUUUUGAAUAUUAUAGUAAACGCGGACCGUAACUUUAAAGUUGGAAUGCACUACGAGAAUGACGCGGUACGAUAAAGAAGUACAUCCAAACUAAGUCUAGAGAAGUGAUUGUAGUGAAAAGUAAAUGGAAUAAAAAUGAAAAAAAAAAACAUAACUGAUGUAGUAAGAGAACAUUUUAACAAUUGUAAUUUAAUUAGUUUUAAUGUAAUAACUUUAAAUAAACGUAUUAAUAUAUUAUUGCAAUA